AUGAACAGCAGCGUCAGUCUCAGUCUCUUUGGGCUUCCUCUCAGGAGCAGCUUCUUCUCCUUCAGGCCCUUAUCCUCGACACUACGAUAUCGUCCUGUUGUGCGAAAUUUCAGAUGGCUGACAUCCUCAGCGAAUCACAAGUUUGCAAGACCAGCUCCAGCUCCAGCUCCAAAUGCGUUUUCUCUCUUCACCAAAGAGCAGAUCAAAGCUGCCAAAGCUGCCAGAGCACUAGCUCUUUCUCCCUCCUGGGUCUCGAAACUACCUGAGAAAUGGAUUCCCUACGCAGAGCUCAUGAGACUAGAGAGGCCUGUGGGUACCUGGUUGUUGUUCUUGCCUUCCUCUUGGGGAAUCGUAAUGGCUUCUUACCAGGCAGCUAUUCCACUCUCCCAGUGUGCUUGGAUGCUUGGAGUGUUUGGUAUUGGGUCAAUUGUCAUGAGAGGUGCUGGGUGCACAAUCAACGAUAUAUGCGAUAGAGAUUUCGACAAUAAGGUGGAAAGAACAAUUGAAAGGCCCUUGGCUAGCAAAAAAGUAACUGUACGUCAAGCUUCUGUUUUUUUGUUCACUCAGUUAUGCGUUGGCUUAAUGGUGUUAUUACAGCUACCCUUUGACUGCUUUCUCUUAGGAGCCAGCUCUUUGGCAUUUGUGUUGACUUAUCCACUAUUCAAAAGAUUCACAUAUUACCCACAGGCUGUGCUAUCAAUCUGCAAUAGCUGGGGGACUAUGUUGGGUUUUGCUGCAAUGGGUGUGUGGGACUGGUCCACAAUGGUGCCCUUAUUUUUCUCUUCAUAUCUUUGGACAAUGGUUUACGAUACAAUAUAUGCCCAUCAAGAUAAAAAAUUCGAUGUGCAGGCAGGUGUGAAGUCCACUGCUUUAGCAUGGGGCAAUAAUUCAAAAAAGAUAUUUUAUUCUUUAAGUGCUGCUCACCUAUCUUUGUUAGCAAUAGCAGGUAUCAAUGGUGCUAUGGGUCCUGGGUUUUUUAUUGGUGCCUCUGUGUUUGGAUAUAGACUUCUUAAUAGUAUUAAAACGGUGAAUUUAGAUUACCCCAAAGACUGUUGGAAGCAUUUUUUUGCCAGUAUCGCUUCAGGCCAAAUCCUUUUGGGAGGAAUCAUCUUAGAUUAUGUCUUGAGAUUGCUUGGUUUCAUUUAA